AUGUUCAUGGUGCCACCACUAUUUUUGCUGCUAUCUUUACCGAUAUUUUUUGACAACUGUCAAAGUUAGAGGUUAUAUUUUGUGUUUUUUAGUUAUUAAAAAAUAUUGAACAUGGAAUUGCGUGAAAUUAACUACAACAAGGGAGAUUAUGUGGAAACGGCUUCCGGGAACAAAGUUUGUCGUCAAACAGUAUUAUGCGGCUCCCAGAACAUAAUUCUGCAAGGUAAAGUAAUAGUGCAGUCCGAGGCCAUAAUUCGGGGCGAUUUGGCAAACGUGCGGACAGGUCGUUACUGUAUUAUAAGCAAAGAAGCGGUCAUAAGGCCCCCUUACAAAAAAUUUAGCAAAGGAGUGGCUUUUUUUCCUUUAGUGAUGGGUGACCACGUUUUUGUUGGGGAAGGUUCACUCGUGAGUGCGGGUGUUGUUGGCUCUUAUGUAUACAUAGGAAAAAAUUGUGUUAUUGGACGGAGGUGUAUUUUGAAAGACUGUUGCGUGAUUGAGGAUAAUACGGUCCUGGCGCCUGAAACGGUGGUGCCCCCAUUUACGCGAUAUGGGGGCUCCCCUGGCAUGAACAUCGGGGAUUUACCCGAGUGCCAGGCUGACUUGAUGGUUGACUAUACGCGCAGCUACUACCAACACUUCCAACCAACGAAAAUCAUCUAAUUUUGUAUUAUUUAUUGUUUUUUGUACUUUAAGGGAAAAUAAAAUACGUUCUCGCUUUAAA